CUUAUCAGCAGCAACCAUAUUGUACUCGCACAUCCUCUUGUCCAGCAGGGAGCGGAAAACUCUCCUUGCAACAUGGUUCCCUCUCUCUCCCGCUCUCCACCCCUCUCCUCUCCGCCUCCCCCCUUCUCUCCCUCUCUCUCUCUCUCCCUCUCUCUCCAACCUCACAUUUGCCAGUACCACAGCUCUCCGACUGGCAACCGACUGGAGCAUUGUGUCUUCUUGGCGACGAGAGUAAGAGAAGGAACGGAUAGACAGGACGGCGAAAGAGAGACAGAGAGGUGAGAGUGGCAUCCGGACAGACACACAGACAGACAGACAGACAGACAGCAUCCAUCUCCACGCGUUUAAAGUGUGUGUUCGACCAAAGGAGCAACUUCACAACAAGAAAACACACACACACCUCUGAGGACUGUCUGUUCGCGCUCAGCCCGACUUCAUCUCUCUGUGAAUGUUAUUCUGGGACUCAUCUUUAAUGAGCGAACAUGAGGAUGUGUUCUGAGCGGUGUCAGACAGUUUGGCACCAACUCUGACCUCAAAGAUUGACAGACAGACAGGCUGCAGUGGAGCUGACCUGAGGAGAGGAGGAGGAGGAGGAGGAGGAGGAGGAGGAAAAGAAGGAGGAGGAGGUUAAACACUGAGGAGAUACACCAUGUGCGUUCACAGAUCACUUGAACUCUGACGGAUUUUGCAUGACAGACAGACAGACGUGCCACACGGGAUGUCAGAAUGUAUCUACUCUUUGAUAUCAAUCCAAUCCUCGGCCCCCGCGGGAUGUUUUGAAUGCUUACAAGAAUAUUGACUCACAUCCUCAAAAGUACACACAGACAGAUAGACGGACAGAUUCGUUAAUAGCAGCCACUGGAGACUUGUUAAAAAAGAAAAACCCAAAGUCUGCUGCUCAGGAUGUACUGUGAGAAAAAUCCACGCCAAAGCAAACCACGACAACCAGCCCGACUCCACGACGACGCAGAAAUAGUCGUCCAUUAAAGUCUGUCGUAACGAGGGCAUGACUCCUGUCUUCACGGGCUCAUGUACAGACAGCGCAGGCAGGGAUGAGGAUGAGAGCAACUGAUGGAUUUCAGGUUUAUAUUUUUAGUGAAGUAGAGCAGCGAAACAUUGCGUAACCUGAAGGAAAGUGGAGCAAAGAAAGAGGACAGAAAGGUGUAGAAGUCGUCUGUAUGGAAAAGACACCAGGUGAGGACAGGUAGUGCAGGGGCUCUGUUCAUAAAGACACCACUGGGACGAGACGCACUAGAACAGGAGCUUGACACUGACUCCCCCAGAGACUUCACCACCAUGAUGGAGAAGCUGAACUCCACCGGCACACCUGCCUCCCCCCAAGAACUACCUCGCUGCUCCUCCUCCUCCUCUCCUUCCUCCGCCUCCUCCCCGUCCGGCGCCUCCGUAGAGCAGCACAGUCCCCUCCACAACAAGACGGAUGCUGUCGGCAGCCCGCAUCCUGCUAACAAGACAGAACACAAGGGACACACGGAUGUCCCCGCUGCUGGCAGGACUCAGUCCCCGACUGCCACGACGGCGGCGCUAACCAGUCACCGUGCAGACACAGCUGCUCCACCUGAGCCCGUCGUCAUGGAGACCGAGGAGGAGGAGGAGGAGGAGGAGGGAAGGCAAGGAGGAGCGAUGUCCACCACAGAAGCCACCGUCGGUGCUGCUUCUACCAACGGGUCCCCAAGUCUCUCCUCCCCACCUCCACUCCUCCCGGCACCAGCCAAGACCUCCCCGUGCCCUAUCCCACCACCCACCUCCACCUCCACCUUCCCUUCGUCCUCCUCAUCCUCUCCUCUUCCUCCACACAUCCCAGUCAUCAGCCUCGGCCACAGCAAACCUCCUCUCCCGCUCACCAAUACCCCUCUGACUGCCCUGCAUCCGAUCCCCAACCUCCUCCAACACGGGCCCCACGGGGACCAUCGCCGCGGUCAGCUGACCUGCCUGCCUGUGGCCAGCCCGGGAGCUUCUGGAUCUUCUGGAGGGCCUUCAGCACCUUCCCCAGGACCCAUGCUGCCUCAGCCGUACCUGCCUGCACACCCCUUCUUCAGCAGUUCUUACCUGGGUCCAUCAGGAGGAAAUUAUGGCGUCAUCAACAACAGCCGGAUCAAGAGAAGACCGUCGUCACACUAUGAGAUGGAGAUCAGCGAAUGCCCUGAACACUCAGACAGUGUUUAUGUAUGUCUACCAGGCCCUCCUCAGAAGAUCGCCCGUCGUGUCUUCACCAACAGCCGCGAGCGCUGGCGACAGCAGAACGUGAACGGCGCCUUCUCCGAGCUGAGGAAACUCAUCCCCACGCACCCGCCCGACAAGAAGCUCAGCAAGAAUGAAAUCCUGCGUCUGGCCGUGAAGUACAUCAACUUCUUGGUCACUCUGCUCAGCGACCAGGCGCAGGACAAGAGCGGGGACUCGGCUGAGGACGAGGAGCCCGAGGACGAAGGCGCGGCAGCCGGGUUGGACAGUAACAAACGGAACCCUCUUUUUCAGUGCGACACUCCUCCUCCGUCCCACGCCGCCCCACCAUCCUCAGCCCGUCCCGCUUCGGUCCACAGAGACAGAGACUCGACCGACUCGGUCAUCGCUCUGGCCUCUCCGGCGACGUCCAGUUGCUACGGCGACACGGACAGCGAGGAGAGCUUUGGGGCUAAGACCUCUUUGGUGACCCACGGCAUUCUGGGAAAGGUCAAGGGUCAGAUAAGGAUGGUGGCGGCCACGAAUGAUGAGCGGUGACGAACGCGGGGAGUUUAAACGUCGACACCGAAGAGUGUGAACGUUUUGUUUAUGAGAUGUUUUUCCAGUGAAGUGCACAAACUUUGAGUUUUAUUAAAUACUGAACUGUCGAAGCUCAUCAGACAUUCACUCGCGUGAGUUUUACAUCCAGAUAAGGUCACAGUGUUGCUUUGUCAAACAUUACGCCUCAAUGUCAAACAACAUGGAGAAAUUAUGCAAAACAGCAUCCUGGAAAUCUAAUUAGAUCGUCUCCGGCUGGAUACAUGCAGAAACUAAAUGUUGAUUUCUUUUGUAUCAAUAACAAAAAUCGAAUCAUCCUCUCUCAGGAUCUUGAAUCCCGCCCAUAAAAAAUGUUAAUUCUCUCACAAGAGGGUUGAUUUUUUAACAUUUACAUGUAAAUAAGCAGCGUUGUUCCAGUGCGGUUGAGACGACCCGCACGUGACGUGCAUUCAUGACAAGAAGCUGCCGUUUUUAAAUGUUCCUGCUGUUCUGAUUGUCGGAGAAGCCAGGGUCGACGGUCCCACCCUGACAUUGUGACACACUUGUACCAGACAGAAAUAAAGUGUUUUUUUAGCGUGCUGUUCCGUAUUUGACAUCCUCUUAUUGCACUCCAAAGACUGCCCUUUGUCAGCACAAUGUCUCAACACAUCCAAAUGUUUUGGCUGCGGAGCAUUGCAUUAGUUCAGCAAACCGUAAUCUCAGCGUGACGAGUGAAAUGUCAACGCUUAUUUUAAACUGUAACGUAGAUAUUUUCCAUAUGUUCAUAGAUCAUGUUGUUUGUUUGUGCCACUGAGCAACAUAACACCCAACAUAACUGAUCUCUGACAUUACCAUGACAACCCCAGCCCUGGAAAAAGAA